AUGAUUGAAUUAGAUAAAUCAUAACUUGUUGAGCCAGAAUCUAACUAGCAUUUUAAGUUUAUUUCAAUUCCAUCUGAUUUAACUCUAUCAAUUACCGAAAGAAGAAAAUCUAGUCAAAACUAUCUUGAUGAUGAUGAAGAAGAUGUGAAAAAGCAGUGUGAAGUUAUAAACUAGUAAAAUGAAAAACUCAGUAAGAUCUAAGACUCAUUUGAAUGCAUAGAAUACACAACAGAACCAGGGAUAAUAAAUAAUGUCAUGUUAUCAAUCUCUAAUACCACAAAGUUCUCUUUUCUAAACAAAAUCGAUUCAUUUAACCAAAGUGUAGUUGAAAAACUGCCUCCUAAUUGCAAUAAUCAAAACCUUUAUCAAAUGACAAACUCCUCUCUUAUCACAGGUUAGUUAACCUUCUAGAGUAGAGGGUUACGAGAAAAUCUGAUGUAAAAGUUAACUAACUUGAGAUAUAGAUUCAACGACGGAGAUCUGAUUGAAUAUAUGGCCUAUCCUAAAGUCUCUUUUGGUGAUUCUUCAGCAUUUGAUAAAACAGCUUUUUUAUUCAAUAGCAAGUACAAUAGCAAAAAAUCAUUCAAUAGUUCUUUUAAGAGUAUUAUCUGGGUCUCUUAUCGAAACAACUUUCCAUAACUAACAAGAAACAUAUCUAUUGGCAGCAAGAACUACCUGCAGCCCUCUUUGAAUGACAAAAAUCAAAUAGAGCAGAAAUUCCUAACAUCAGAUUGUGGGUGGGGUUGCAUGAUAAGGUGCCAAUAAAUGAUGCUAGCUAAUGCAUUAGUAAGACUAGACUCUUCUUACCAUAAGCAAUUCAGCAUGAAUAAUGAUGAAAUUCUCGAAUUAUUCCUAGACAUCCCUGAAAAGUAUUUUAGUAUACAUUAGAUUACAGAAGAGGGUAAAAUUAGCAUGGAUAAAUAGCCAGGUGAUUGGUAUGGUGUCAAUUCAAUUACAUAAGUCAUUAAAAACAUUUUUGAUCAAAAAUCUACUCUAAGGCCAGACUGCCCUCAAGUAUUCAAGAAAAUUUCUUUUAUGGUAUUCCAAGAAGGGGCAAUUUUUAUGAAUGAGAUUAAAUAAGAACUCCUGCUUUAUCUUGAUGAAUAUAAUAGAGCGAAAACAGAGGAGCUUAAUUAUAAUAAGAAGCAAAAGUUUUAAUAACAUUCUAAAACUGAUUAGCACAAGAAGUUCAUGGAAAAAAGGAAGCUUUCCUCAUAGUUUGAGAUGAUCGAUGAUAAUCUCGAUGAUGUAAUAGUAUAAGAAGAGGAUUCAUUUCAGCUAGUUGGGAUUGAAAGCACAUCUCAGUCAAACACUCUUUCUUUGAAUGAGUAAUUCUCGAAUAAAUCUGAUGAAAAAUCGCUCUACACUCAUGAUUCUGACUACCCAAAAGCAGCUCUUGUUGUUAUAACUAUGAGAUUAGGAUUGAAUAAGAUUGAGGAGGAGUACUUUGAUACAAUUUUAGAAUGCUUUAGCUUGCCACAAUGUGUGGGUAUUCUUGGUGGGAAACCUAGUUUUGCUCUAUAUUUUGUGGGUCAUCAAGAUAAACAACUUAUAUUCUUAGAUCCUCACUACGUUCAAGACUCACUUAAAACCAAAUAGGAUUUGCAAAAUGAUGAUUUAAGAUAAACCUACUAUCCCUCUGGUCAGGCUAAGAAAAUUAAGAUGGAUGGACUUGAUCCAUGUAUUGGCGUUGGCUUUUUAAUCAGGAACUCAGAAGAUUUGAGGACUUUUGAGGAAGCAUUUUCGAAAACUGGAAAAUUGAGUAAAAUAGCCACUCUUUAUUAGGACAGGCCGAAAGAUCAAUGCUUAUCAAGGAAGCUAGAUGAAAUCAAUUUCAGUUCUGACUAUAUUGAUCAUUCUCUGUUAUGA